GAACCGAGGUCGCAAGAGCAAUCAAUGAGAGUCAGCACGUCGUCUUUCUGACUGGAUGGUCUGAAGGGUGCCUGCUCUGACCCUGGCCCUAGUCCCAUCGUAUAUGCGGACUCUGUAUGAGUCAAAGCUCGUGGUGGCAUGGAUCUCUUUGUUUCUUUGUUUGAGGGGAGAUGCCUUUCUCGUCAGUGCCAUUCCAAUCCCGCCCGAGGCGCUGAAUAGUCCAGUCGGGGUCCGUAAAGGGAAGUUCAGUCCCUACAAUAUCGCUCCGCCACCCCGCUUCAUGGCCAGCCUGACGUGUCUCGUACGGUAUAACGCUUCGGCUCAGCCAUCUUUCUGCGACUCCUCUUUUUAAAACAACGGAAACAGCACGAGGGUCUCCCGUGUGAGACAGCUUGCGACUUAAACCCCCUUUCCGAUCAUCAUGCGUGGCACCGGUUCCAUGCCCAUCGGCUAUCGAUGGCGCUCAUCCAAGUGGUU